GCCAGUGUAGCCACUGAUACACAGAAGGCAUCAGCAAAUAUACAUUAAAAAUCAUCAGUUAGAGAGCAGCACAUUGCAGAGGUUUAUACCUAAUGCAAAUUAAGCAGCAAAAAUUUUUUACAUUGCAUUCAGACUACCUGCGUUUCUGUUGAACAACAUUUGUAGAAUAUAUAGCAAUGGGUUUCAAUGACCUCCUGCUGAGUGUCGGUGGCCUUGGGCGGUUUCAAAUCAUCCAUACUACAAUGCUGUUAAUUCCAAUGCUCUUAAUGGGUUGUCAUAACUUUUUACAAAACUUCACUGCUGCUAUUCCUGCACACCGCUGUUGGGUACCCUCAUUGGACAACAAUACAAUGGGCUAUGACCAGAAUGAUCUGCCAGCAUUUAUUCCUGUGGACGAAAGUGAAAAGCCCAUGAGCUGCUUGCGUUACAGGAGAACUCUCUAUAAUAUGAGGAGAAAUGGUUCUUUAACUAACGAUACAGAACCUUGUGAAGAUGGAUGGAUCUACGAUAAGAGUGUCUUCUCUUCCACCAUUGUCACAAAGUGGGACUUGGUCUGUAAACUUCGUAAAAUGAGGCAGAUAGCCCAGUCCAUCUACAUGGCAGGAGUGUUGGUGGGAGCUGUAGUGCUUGGAGGAGUGUCUGACAGAUUUGGAAGGAGGGCUCUCCUGAUUGUCUCAAACCUUGCAAUGGCUGUCUGUGGGACCUGUGCUGCUUUCCUUCCCAACUUUAUUACCUAUUGCACGUUCCGAUGUCUCUGUGGGAUUGCAUUCUCAGGCAUCGUUCUCAAUACCAACUCUCUGAUUCUUGAAUGGACACCACCAAAGGGACGGACUGUCAUGGGAACUCUUUUCGCUGUUAGCUUUACCUGUGGCCAGCUUCUGUUAGCAGCACUGGCAUAUGGCAUCAGAGAAUGGCGGUGGCUGCAGUUUACUGUUUCUGCCCCAUUUUACUUCUUCUUCUUGUAUUCUUGGUUGGUGCCAGAAUCUGCACGUUGGCUUAUGCUAAAGGGUCGAUCUAGUGAAGCUCUAAAAGACCUGCGAAGAGUAGCCAUAAUAAAUGGAAAAAGAAAGGAAGGAGAAAUGUUAUCUGAGAAGAUACUUAUCUCCCAUAUGCAAUCUGAAAUGAACCAUGUUAAACGUCCACACUCGAUAAUUGACUUAUUUCGUACCCCAGGAAUGCGUAAAGUGACUAUAUGCCUCAUGAUGGUAUGGUUUUCUUCAGGUGUUGCAUUUUAUGGAAUUGGUAUGGACCUUCAGAACUUUGGAAUCAGUAUUUUCCUGCUGCAGUUUACCUUUGGAGCCAUUGAUAUGCCCGCUAAGCUUUUUGCUGCACUGCUAAUGACCUAUGGAGGACGCAGAGUGACACAGACUACAGUCCUGAUUUUAGCUGGGGUGGUACUCCUGACCAAUGCUUUUAUACCUCAGGAAAUGAAGAUAUUGCGUAUGGUUCUGGCUGUUUUUGGGAAAGGAUGUAUGGCAGCAUCUUUUGCUUGUGCCUACCUGUUCUCAGGAGAACUGUUUCCCACAGUGAUCAGACAGACCGGGAUGGGUGUUGUUGCAAUGAUGGCCCGAUUAGGCUCUGUGGUGGCUCCAUUGAUAUUGUUGCUCUGGGAAAUCUCACCUAUCCUACCAUCUGCAAUCUAUGGUGUAACUGCUAUAAUAUCUGGAGGUGCAGCCACAUUUCUGAUGGAAACCCGCAACCAGCAGCUGCCUGACAGUGUUGAAGAGGUGGAAGCCAGGUCACAAGGCAAAGGUACUGUUAAAAAGAUUUCAAAGGAGGAGGUGCCUCUUAACCAGUGUGAGUCACAAAAGAUGGUUCCCAAAGAAGAAGUUCCACUUAACCAGAGUCAGUCACACUCUGCACCACCCAAAGCACUUAUGGUGGACACUGUGUGA